AGUUGACAAUUCUUUGCUCUCUGUUUCUCUAAAAGUGUUUUCUUUGGGUUUUUGCCACCAGAUUUUAGCAGCUGAUGAUACGCAUCGUUUUAACUCUUGGUACAACUAUUUUUUUAUGAGAUAUCUUUAUAUAAGUAUUAUAUUCUGAGAGGAUUGGUGAAUCUGAUUAAGUUUCAAUUGUUUUUCUAUCUUGAUUAUGAUAUUUACAAAGUUAGCUUGUUAAACUAGUACUUGUGUAAGUUACUGAUGGCUCAAGAAGAGAGAGCAUUUCCUUUUUGCUUCAUCACUGUGUUUUCAUCCUAUUUUCACCAAACCUUCACCGGUGUUUAAAUAUUAUGAAUGUGAAUUGUUACAAUUGUUCAAUUAAUCAUGUAUAGAAUAUGCAUGAUAUCUGAUUUUUUCUAUCCAAACAGUGGAGGUGUUGAAAGUCACAUUUUUCAAUUGUCACAAUGUUUAAUUAAUUAUGGUCAUAAAGUAGUCGUAUUAACUCAUUCUUAUGGCUGUCGUAAAGGUAUUCGUAUCAUGUCAAGAGGAUUAAAAGUGUAUUACCUUCCCUUUGCUGUCAUCUAUAAUCAGUGUACUUUACCCACAUUGUUUGCCUCACUGCCUCUCAUACGAUCAAUCCUGAUUCGGGAACAAAUUGAUAUUGUUCAUUGUCAUUCCGCUUUUUCAGCUAUGGCCAUUGAAUCUUUGAUUCAUGGUAAAUUGUUAGGUUUAAAAACCAUUUUCACUGAGCAUUCAUUGUUUGGUUUUGCUGAUGUCUCUGCCAUCAUAACAAAUCAACUUUUGGGUAUGUCUCUCAUCUUUGCCAAUGCUGUCAUCUGUGUUUCUCAUGUCGGGAAGGAGAACACCGCUUUAAGGGCCGGCGUUGAUCCCAACAAAAUAUAUGUGAUACCAAAUGCUGUAGAUACCAAUGUCUUCAAGCCGGAUCCAUCUAGUCGAGAUUCUCGUUAUGUUACUAUAAUUGUUGCAAGUCGCUUAGUUUAUCGGAAAGGCAUCGAUUUAUUGAUUGAAGCUAUCCCAAUCAUAUGUAAACAAUAUCCUCAAACACGUUUUUUCAUUAUUGGUGAUGGACCUAAAAAAGUGAAUCUAGAGCAAAUGGUUGAAGAAAAUCUACUUCAAAGCAGAGUUCAAAUGUUUGGUAUGGUCAAACAUGAAAAUAUAAGGGAUAUAUUGAUCCAGGGUGAUAUUUUUCUCAAUUCAUCCUUAACUGAAGCAUUUUGUAUGGCUAUAAUUGAAGCUGUAGCAUGUGGAUUGCAGGUUGUUUCAACUAAUGUUGGUGGUAUUCCAGAAGUAUUACCAAAUGACUUGAUAUGGUUAACCGAGCCUACUGUUGAGGGUCUUGUUGAAGGUGUCGAUAGAGCUCUUGAUGAUUUAAAGAAAGGUCAAGUGUUACCUCCAGAAGUUUGUUAUGAGCGUAUCAAAACGUAUUAUCAAUGGAAAGAGAUGACUAAAAGAACUUUAAAAGUUUACGAAAGAAUUGUCCAAGAUGAUAUUAAACCCGUUGGCUAUUAUCUGAGUAAACUUUGGAAAAGAGGAUCCAUUUGCGAUUUACUUAUGAUCUAUAUACUCAUUAUUGAAUAUCUAGUGCUUCUUUUUUGGUCUUUCAUCCUGCCCAAUGAGAAAAUUGACAUUGCCCUAGAAUUGCCACGUUUUUUGAAAUAAGGAUCUCAGGACUACCAUCUUUGUUAAAAUGAUGACCGACUCAGGUAGACUGCAUCGAGUUGCUAAGGAUUAGGCUAAGGAUCAAGCUUUGAAGGUAACUUUCCAGGAUUUAAACUGUGGCAAUUGGACCGUUUGAAAUGUACUUCAUUUUGGUCAACACCUUCUUCUCGACUUAUCGACAAUCUUUCCUCGAGAAAAAUUUUUGUCCAAUACUCUGCUACAAAUGGAUUCCAAUUUUAUGAGAGUGACAAUAUUCAUCAUCAUCCUCCACGAUUCUGUUGCUAUGCCAGUGAAUCUUAUUAACUCUCAAAGAAAUAACACAUUUUCAGCAGUCACUUAUAAAGACAAAGACUAUUCCCAAUCUCAUGUCAACUGGACUACAUUUGGUGUUCCAAGGAGAACUGAUCAAUCCAACGAUAAAGGUACAUCGGUUCAUGAUAUAAAGAACAAACCGGAGUCGUAUUGGUUCAAUAAGACUAUCGUCGCUGGAACAAAAAUACUUCGAGUUAUGGAACAGUUGAAACACAAAUACCCAAAUACAUUAGGACUUCCGAUGGGAUUCAUUCUCAGAUACUUCUGAUUAUGGUGAUAAGUUCCAUCUAAUGGCAAGGAAAUAUUUCUCAUUUUCAUGUUUUUAUGCUUGUUUUGUUUUAUUGCCUAAAAGAAUAGAGAUUUCUUUCUCCAUCUCUUUAAAUACAUGGUUGUUCCUCUUUCUC